CACUCGUUUCACGGUAAGUGGAGAAAGAGUAACUGUGACGAGCAGGCUUGCGAUUGGUCCGUCGUUUCGAUACAUCGAUAAUCGUGUUAACUCGCUUUUCGAUGGAAUUCAACUUGCGGAAUUCGUCAAAACCUAAACGAGAGGCUUCCAUUGGAAUGUCGAACCGUACUUCAAACAGAGGAAUAUCCGGACAAUCCGGACUUUGCGCAGAACCGUUACGGGGGGACUGUUAAACGGUUUUGUCGUCUGCACUUUCCCACGGGUAACGCGCAUCGAGGAGAAGCAUCAUGAGGGAUUUUCCUCGUCGCGGAAGCUAAGCGCGCGGCAAUUCCUCGAGCGAGCUUCUACUCGACAUUUCGCCUCUACUACGAAGGCGACUCGAUCGUGAGAUAUUGCCGUUUAUUGCGCCCCUCGAGGCGAUAUUCGAGGCGAUAGCGUGAAAAAUUCCAAGGACGACCCGGUCGAAUGAUCGUUUCAGAACUUUACGAGAUCGUUACGCGGCGCAGUUGCAGCCUUCUUCUUCUUCUUCUUCUUCUUCUCGUUGCCCCUCGGGCAAGCCGAAGAGCUCGAUGGAAUUUCAAAUGAGGAUGCGGUUGCGCGUACGAAAUCGUCGGGAUGAAUUUUCGUCAAGGCGCGCGUUCGCGUGAUCGCUGCAGGACCGCCGAUGGUUCUGCGUCGCGAGCGCAUUAAAACGCCGCAGAGAAGAGAAGAAAAGGGACAAGCACAAGGAGAAGAUUGGGCGACCGGGGGAGAAAGAGACGCGACGAGAGGACGGCCGCCCCGAAAUAAGAGCAAUCAAAAAAUACGCCGCGCGACCAACCACCGCGGUUGGUUUGCGGUUACCACUGAUGCGCAGCGACAGAGUGGAUCUCCUCCAGCGAGGGGGAAGGAGGAAGAGCGUAGACAGACGGAUUUAUAUUCAAAUGAAUCGCGAGGCCUCGAUUUAUCGACGCCCGAUCAAACUCCGUAGCGCGGGAGCAGGCCGGGAGAGGAUGGAGAGAGGAGGAGGAAAAUCAAGGGGUUAAGUUACGAGAGAGGAAGGAUGCGCCUAAGGAGCGUAGAUCCCUCCCUCGCUCGCUCUACGCUCGCUGUUACCACUCGGGGAGCUAUGAUCUCGUACACAGAGCCGAAGUCGAAGAUUAUAUAACGAACCUCUACCCGGAGAAUUCCGAGGCACAGCCGGUGAACCUUGACCGAGGCCGCGGGUGCGUGACUGCAAGGAUGCGCGCACGCAGGAGACGGUGUGCGAUAUCCCGGUGACGGCGACGACUACGAUCACGACGAGCACGCGAGCACGCGAGCACGCACGCACGGAGAAAUCGCACGUACGCGUACGCGUGAAAGACGAGAGACAGUCGCUGAUGUCGCGAUGAGACUGGGCCCGAUUAUCCUGUCGUGGGCCACAGCCUUGGCCAGCUGGUUGGGCACAUCAAACGGAAGCGUAGCGGCGGCAGCGACGGUGACGGCGCGGGAACCACGUGUUUGGGACUACGAGCUGUCGACGGAGUUCUUCCUGGUACCAUCCGAGAUCGGGCAUGGUCUGGCGAGCGUGGCGAGCGUCAUCAGCGUGCCCGCGCCUAACCGGACCGUCAGCGUGUUCAGGACGGCACCGGGAGUCAGGAAGAGCCAGGAAGCAGAGAUGCGACCAACCCCCAAAUCCUUGCUGAAGCAACGACCCUGGGCGCUGCCGCUCGCCGCGCUCAGCGCCGCGACGAUGCUCCUCAUGGCUGGCUUCGAGGUCUUCGUGCUGCUCAAGGCUAGAGCGACGGCGCCGAAUAGACGACACUUGUUCCUGGGCCAGGCGCUGCUCCUGGGACUCUUUCUCCUGGCUGGUCUCUCGGCCGCAGCUUCCCUCAGCCAAAAUCCGUUAUCCUGUGCGGCCUUUCGAUUGGUGGGUUUGCCCGCCGCCCUCGUGUUCGCUGCCUUGUUAGUCAAAUGCGUUUUCUUGCUGUCGUUGAACAGUGGCGUGUACUUACCGGCGCCUUAUCAGGCUUUUCUUGUCUCGGUUGUGCUGCUGCAGGCGCUGGUGCUGGUGUUCGCGGUAUUGGUGCAGGUGGCCAUUGUCGGGCAAUGGUUUUACGGCGAACCACCUGCGGUGAUCCAGGUGCAGCAGCAACAACAGCAGCAAGCGGGCGCGGCGGUCCUGAGUUCGCCGGCAUCAUCCACCACCUGCAAGACUCCGCUCGGACAGAUAGUGGCUUCCCUCGGGUAUCCCGGAGCGCUGCUGGUGGCGGUGGCUUGUCUAGCGGUCCGGGCACGCGGCAUCCGGGACAAUAAUCGGGAGGCGGCCUUCAUCGGUCUUGCGGUCGGCCUCUCACUGCCGAUUUGGAUCUCCAGCGGGAUCGGAUCGCUUGCGGCCACUAGCGAGAGCGAUCGGGAGGCCUGGCUGGCUUACGGUCUACUGGCCACGUCGCUCUUCGUCUUCCUCACGAUGUUUCUGCCGAAGGGACGCCAGCUGGCUGCCCUGGGUCGCGAAGGGCCCGCGGCUGUCAUUCGCGACCGCGACGACGCCCUCAGCUCCCUCCCCGGCAGCGGAUACUCGCCCUCUUUCUUCCAUUUCAAGCCCACGGAAGCGUCCUUGAAGAGGAAGUUACAUUACCACAGUGCCGAUCGAGUCGCACUGGUCUCGUCCGGGAUACCCGGAUGCAGCGCCUGCAGGCACGGAGGAAGUCCCAUAUACUCGGACGAUGUGCACGGCCCGAUGGAGACGUUCGUUUUGCCGCCCGGUAUGUACUUGAGGCCGGAGGACGCCGGUAAUCUCUACACGACCUUGUCGGCCAACCCCAACGUGUUCUUCCAGAGGGCAGCUCAUCCCGGGAUGAUGUACUGAAGAAGGCGAAUCAUCGCGCGAAUGUUAUCGUCGAUGAUAAUCGAAUUUGUCGCUCUCGCAUGUGUGUGUAUAAUGCGCGCAUCAAGAUCUUGACUCUAGAUUAAAUUACGGACGAGCGCGAUAAACAGUUAUUGUUCUCUCGUCACUGUAAAUAAUCGUCAUUGUCGGGUUUGAUGAGUGGCUUCGUUGGAAUCCCUAUAAACUCUUCUUUGUAACUUGGAUUUUAUUACUGUGAGGAUGCGUCGUACUUCGCAAAAAUGCGUAUGCGAUUUAUUGCGGAAUCACGUGAGUAAUCAAUAAGCAUAUGUGUGUGAAUCGUUGAUUACCAACACUCAAGUUGAAAGCUCGCGCGCGCGCGCGUGUGCGCGUGCCUCUAGAAUAACGCAAUAAAUGAUAUGAUACAUUUUUCUACACGAAA